ACAACAAAAAUUGAUUGCUAACCGGAUUUCACAAUAUGUCACUAAAAUACUCGGAAUGUAGCUGCAUAUGUUUAUAACAUUAUUUCGGACCACACGUAGCUAUCAAGAGAAAUGUACAUAGAAACAGGUUCCGCAAAUCGAUGGAGUUCUCGACGUCAUGGUAUCGUAAACGUGGGUAGCUUACCCCGUCACUCUGACGCAGCAAGUAGACCUUCACACUGGAACACGGUCUCCGUGAGAAACAAGGCGCGCCGACCACAAGCGGUGCAGGCACGCAGCACAAAUAUCACAGAUCUACAAAUGUCACCGAACACGUCGCAACGUGCAACGGUAAAAAAUGACCUAAACGAAACCUGCGCAAAUGGGCCCUUGCAUGUACUAAGUACCAAGUCGUUAGAUCGAACCGUGACUGAAGAUUUUUCAUGUAUUGAUGCCGUGUACCAACAAAAGCUUUUGGAUGGUUCGGACAAUUGCGCUUGCAAAUUGACCCCCUUGUGCAACUAUUCACCAUUUGUUCCAGAACAUAUGCAGAAUGUCGUCGGUCCUAAGGCGCUACCGACCUGUGUUGCGUUACGUCUCAAACAACGAUUCGAAAAACGGAUGCAACAUAAAAACGCACAUCUUCAAGAACUUGACAUAAAAAGAAGCGGUAAUAGUUCAAGAUCAUUUGAAAAAGCUGGUAAAUAUCAACUGGUGGCUGCCUUUUUGGUCAAUGAGGGUCACGUUGAAGCUUGGCACAUAUAUUCUUCUCUCCCAGUUGAGACAAACUAUGCAGCUGGUGAAACACCUUGUACCAGAACUUUGGAAUUAACACAACGAAGGCUUCGGCUUUUGCAACGUUACUAUUCCGGUGCUCGCCAGUAUAUUGUAUUAUAUGUGAACAGCAACUCUGCAGAACAUUACCUUCCCAUGGGUCUUGCAUCAAAUCAAAGCCAUACAAACAACCGUCAACCUCCAAAAAGGUGUUCGCAUAUGGAUCUCUUCCACGGUAGGAAUAGCAUCAUUACUCGACUAUUGUCAUCUUUUAACCUAAGUACACGACUACCAAAAUCUGAGUAUAAAAUCCGGAAAGCAGAAAUUGAGAACUCAAAUCAACGUGGCUCGCUUGCUUCAUGUCCGGUGUCCAAUGAACGAUCACAAUUCCCAGAGGGUUGGCGGAAUCGACUUCCACGGGAUCUUUCUCUACCAAACGAAGGCAUGGCGGAAUCAAUACUCCUAGCGAAUACAAAUGCGGAUUACACACAUAUUUCUCGUCCUAGAUCAUUUAAUUCUUUCUUCAGAAGGCUGUGGAGAAAUGUUUCGGUACGCCGAAGAACAACAUCUAGCAGAUCUAGUGAUUACCUCUGUAGCACAAUGGAUGACAGAAAUAUUUUAAAGCAUGAAAAAGAUUCUUCUAGUAGUGGUAUGAUCGAUUUCAGUUUCACAACCGGUUCCAGCGCCAGUGACCAAACAUGCUGUCUAUCAACGUUAGCCAAAGCGCAAGGACAACCCCUACCGGCUGAGAGUACAUUGACUCAAAGUCAUGAAGAAUGCAGAUUGAACGAUUGUACACCCUCUCCAGAUACGAGUAAAUUUCAGUAUAUUUCCGUGUGGAUUCCAAAAGGAUCUGCAUAUCAAAAUUCUUAGUUUGUCAAGGAUUAUUUGACUGGAUUUUAGUUCAGCUUGACCAACAUUUCACAAUUUCGAUAUAAUUCAGCACUGGAGUGGCAUGGAGGCAAAUACACCAUAACUGGUGGACAUGAAGUUUAAGGAAACACGAAUCCUGGACACUCUAUUUGCAUCCAGCCUUGUAGCGCAACACUUCGUGACAUCUACAUCCACAUAUCUUCAUUGUUCCUGAUUUUUGAUAUGGUGACCGACUGCCUACUUAUGAUAACGUUUUUUAUACAGCAUGUUGUUAAAACCGGCUUUACGUUUGCUUCUCGUGGAAUUAUUUUAUGGGAAAAAAGGAGACAACUUCUUUUAUUAUCAGAUCUAA